AUGCUCCGGCAAGGAACAGCAUGGCUGCGAAAGGCGUUGGGCAUUGAGGACGAGACGAAGGACGAGGAGGAGGUUGGCAACGUCGGGUCGGCAUCGGGCACAGAGAGUCACCAAGACCACGACAAGGGCCCAGGGAAGCUUCUUCAACAAGGUGUGAACCUGGGAGCUGUUGCCUCUACUGCUGCUGCUGCACUGCGCUGCUGCACGUCGGUCUGCGGUGUAUGUGGGGAAUGGGUCCCCCCGACGUUGGCGCCGAAUCGUCUGUUCCACAGCGGGGAGGAAGACGGUGCGACGUGGGCGGGGGCUUGA